CUUGUGUGAGUCAAUCUCAAUUUGUAUACUCAAAACCAAAAUCCUGGUAUGGGGGAUUAGCUGACCUACAACCCAAUUUUCAUCUACAGAGUUACGGUUUCUACCUCCCAUUUCAAGCCCUAAACCUGGACGUUCUCUUUCUCAAUCAAUUGAUAACGCCCAAAUAUAGUAUCGAUUUUCCCCCCUAAAACCUCGCGCUCUAGAUUCCUCUAUUUAUUCGGAUUUGGAGAUUUAAGUUUGCAGUUUUUUUCGAUUUUUGUUUUCUUUUUUUUUGCGAGGAUGAGCGGCGGGCAGAAGAAAAGGAAUUUUCAGAUUGAAGCUUUUAGACAUAAAGUGGUGGUGGAUCCCAAGUAUGCUGAUAAAACUUGGAAGAUUUUAGAGCAUGCAAUUCAUGAGAUUUAUAAUCAUAAUGCCAGCGGACUCAGCUUCGAAGAAUUAUAUAGAAAUGCUUACAAUAUGGUAUUACAUAAAUUUGGGGAGAAGCUUUAUUCAGGACUUGUGUCGACAAUGAUAUUCCAUCUCCAGACCAUGUCCAAACGUAUAGAGGCGGUCCAAGGUGCUUCUUUCCUGGAUGAGCUUAAUACAAAUUGGAAUGAUCAUAAUAAAGCACUUCAGAUGAUCCGUGACAUACUAAUGUACAUGGACAGAACUUUCAUCCCCAGCACCCACAAAACCACUGUUCAUGAACUUGGGCUAAACCUUUGGAGGGACUACGUGAUUCGCUCGAGUAAAAUCCAGCAACGUUUUCUGAAUGCACUUCUUGAGCUGAUACAUAAGGAACGCACUGGUGAGGUUAUCAACAGAGGGCUGAUGAGAAACAUAAUCAAAAUGCUGACGGAUUUGGGACCUUCAGUGUACCAAGAAGAUUUUGAGAAACCAUUUCUUGAAGUUUCCGCUGAUUUUUACAGAGCAGAAUCUCAGGAAUUUAUUGAGUGCAGUGAUUGUGCGGAUUACCUGAAGAAAGCUGAAAGGCGUCUAAAUGAAGAAAUUGAGAGGGUGUCGCACUACUUGGACGCAAAGACUGAAGCAAAGAUAACCAAUGUCGUAGAGAAAGAGAUGAUAGCCAACCACAUGAUGAGACUAGUUCACAUGGAGAAUUCAGGAUUGGUAAAGAUGCUUGUUGAUGAUAAGUCUGAAGACUUGGCAAGGAUGUACAACUUAUUCCGCCGGGUCCCAGAUGGUCUGUCUACAAUUAGAGAUGUGAUGACAUCUCACAUCAGAGAUACAGGCAAACAGCUUGUUACUGAUCCUGAGAAAUCAAAGAAUCCAGUGGAGUUUGUUGAAACUCUCCUUGAGAAAAGGGAUAAAUAUGAUAAGAUAAUAAGUUUGGCAUUCAGCAAUGACAAGACCUUCCAGAAUGCCUUGAAUUCUUCUUUCGAAUAUUUUAUCAAUUUGAAUCCUCGUUCUCCAGAGUACAUAUCAUUGUUUGUGGAUGAUAAGCUGCGGAAAGGACUGAAGGGAGUGAAAGAAGAGGAGAUUGAGAUUAUUCUUGACAAGGUGAUGAUGUUGUUCCGUUACCUCCAGGAGAAAGAUGUUUUUGAGAAAUACUACAAACAACAUUUGGCAAAGCGACUCUUGUCAGGAAAAACGGUAUCUGAUGAUGCUGAGAGAAGUCUGAUUGUUAAACUGAACACUGAGUGUGGGUAUCAGUUUACUUCGAAAUUGGAAGGCAUGUUUACAGACAUGAAGACCUCUCAGGACACGAUGCAAGGGUUCUAUUCAGCCCUUGGUUCUGAAUUGGGAAAUGGCCCUACGUUAGUAGUCCAAGUUUUAACUACUGGAUCUUGGCCUACUCAAUCCAGCAAUACUUGCAACCUGCCGGGCGAAAUUUCAUUUCUAUGUGAGAAGUUCAGAUCAUAUUACCUUGGGACACAUACAGGUAGGAGAUUAUCCUGGCAAACAAACAUGGGAACAGCUGAUCUGAGAGCAACCUUUGGGAAUGGCCAGAAGUACGAGCUGAAUGUUUCAACUUAUCAGAUGUGUGUCCUAGUGCUGUUCAACAACACUGAUUGUCUUAGUUAUAGGGAGAUUGAGCAGGCCACUUGUAUCCCCUCUUCUGAUCUGAAACGGUGUCUGCAGUCCUUAGCUUGUGUAAAAGGGAAAAAUGUGCUCCAUAAAGAACCCAUGAGCAAGGAUAUUGGAGAGGACGAUGCAUUCUCUGUUAACGACAAGUUUACCAGCAAACUUCGCAAGGUGAAAAUAGGAACUGUGGUUGCACAAAAGGAAACUGAGCCGGAAAAGCAAGAAACGAGACAGAGGGUGGAGGAGGACAGAAAGCCCCAGAUUGAGGCUGCAAUAGUCAGAAUCAUGAAAUCCCGGAGGGUAUUGGAUCACAACAAUAUCAUUUCCGAGGUGACAAAACAAUUGCAAUCGCGGUUCCUUGCUAACCCUGGCGAAAUUAAGAAGCGUAUAGAGUCCCUUAUCGAGAGAGAUUUCUUGGAGAGGGACAAUGUAGAUAGAAGAUUAUACCGAUAUCUUGCCUGAAAAAUUCCCAUUCGAGUUUACCCGUUUUUCCCAUGGAAGUGUAAUUGAUUGACCAUUGUCCGCAUUUUCAUGUCUGCAACAUAAAUUUGAUUUUCAUUGAACUAUCA